AUGUGAGCAUGUCUAUUCAUUUGGACACCUAGGUCUCUCUUGGUUCCUUGCGCGAGCCGAUGCACCUCAUGAACAGCCUUCCACUCAUCGAGGGUCAGUGCCAAUGAAGGUGAAAACCAUCACACCACUCAUACACACACAUGCAAGCUCGACAUGAAAGGGCUCAGCCGCUCGGCUACGCCUGCCUUCCCACCAUAGUGCAACGACUCGACAGGUUUGGCAGGGUGGUGAUGGCCUUGAUGCAUGUGGGAAACAGGCGAGACCAGACUAGCAACUCGCCCUCGUCUGCCCCCUAUCUCCCUCCCCGCCCUCCGCAGCACCGUAGAAGGGUGGGGUGGCGAAGAAUGCGCUGGCUGAUGUGCCGGAUGCGAUGCUCCAUGCCCUUGCCCUUCUCCUUCUCGCUGCUGCCCUUGUCGUCCCUGCCUCCCCCACCGACACAUCCAUCUCCAUCUUGCCGCUGCGAUCCGCCCCACCCGCCCCAUCCUCACCGCCCUCAUCUGCCGGCCCCUCCCACACCGACCAAUCCCCACUGCCGUCACGGCACUUGUGAAACGCACACUUGAUGCGCAGCAGUGGCCCCCCACUGUCUUGUACAACGGCAGGAAAAACGCCAUGACAAGAGGGCUGCCGUGCGAACCGCACCGCCCGCAGCGAUGGGAGGUCGUCUACCGUCUUGACGACGGCCUCCUCGCCCAGCUGCUGCGCCUUGCCCAUGUCCAUGGACCGCACCGAUGGGAAGACGCGGCCGAGGUUGAAGAGCAGUGGCUGUGGGAGGGGGUUGUCGGUGUCCCUGGCCGGCUGCAGGGUGAGGGUGCGGGCUGAGCUGAAGACGAGCUUGUUUUAACGUGAGAAAGCCCGGAUGAUGUUGUCUUGUGCGAUGCUGGUGGGGAAGCUCACCGAUGUGGCGAGCGAGGCCGCCAGGGUGACUGAGGGUGGACGAUUCGGAUGCGGGCGUCUCGCUGUCGUAGAUGUUGCGUAUGGGGCUGCCGGGGUUGGUGGGCCACAGGAGGGUGGUGAAGGGGAAGUCGAAUAAUACGCUGCUGCUGUAGUCCUUGUGAACCGCAUUCAGCGACUGUGACACCAGCAGGCAACACAUGGAUGCAUUGGGAAUGAUCACUUGUUGUUGUGUGUACAUUGGUCACUCACAGAUAUGACGCUUGGGGUGAUCUGUCUGACGUUGAUCGAAGCUUCAAUAAUCAGCAACUCCAGAAGUCGACCGGCGUAUCGAAGUCGUCAAUCCAGCCCUCUAGGUCCGGCUCGUCCGCCGUCACGCUGAAGCUCGUCACCGAGUCGAUGCUCGUGAACUCGACAAGCAGCAUCGCGUCGUGCGCAUCCCACGCGAAUGGGGGCGAGAGGGAGGCAGUUGCGCCCAU